AUGAAACCAGAAAUUUUUGAAAAUUUGGAAAAUCGUUUAGGACCAUUGUUAUUUAAUCCUGAAGCUAUAGGACGUCCAGCUAUACCCAUACAUACCCAGCUCUUGGCCACAAUCUGGCUACUUAGCACACCAGAUUCUUUUAGAUCUGUUGGUGAAAAAUUUGAUAUGAGCAAGUCUUCGCUUAAUGACAGUGUGCGUCGUGUUGUUCAAUCAUUAAACAGUGUUGCAAAUGAAGUCAUUACAUGGCCUAUAGGUGAACAAUUGGCAGCUUCAAAGGAGAAAUUUAACCAUCUUGGAGAUACUCCUAUGCCCGGUGUAAUAGGAGAAGUUGCCCUUCAUUAUAAAUGCAGAAAAAUGCAAUAUGCUAUAGUUCUUCAAGCAAUCUGUGACGCAGAUUUGCGGUUAAUAGAUUGUUUUACGGGUUAUCCUGGAUCCGAGCAGAAAAGGUUUAAUAAAAUUUUAUCACAGAAGCGGCAAACGAUAGAAAGAGCUUUUGCUCUUCUAAAAGGGCGAUUCAGGCGAUUAAAGUUCUUAGACAUGUCUCGUCUGGAUUUAAUACCAUUUUUCAUUCUUGCUGCCUGCGUCCUACAUAAUAUUUGCCUACAAAGCAAUGAUGAUGUCGAAGAUUUUAUAGGAGAAGGAAGAGAACCGGAAGAGCAAGGUAAUCACGAUAGAGAAAUUGAAGAUAAUGAUGAACGGCAAGAGUUUGCCGAUGGUGAAAUUAAACGGAAUUAUGUAUGUCUUGUUGUUUCGGGAAGACAAUAA